AACCGACAGUCACGCACAUGGCGAUGUGUUAAGAUUGUAUCUCAUGGCGAGUUACACUUUCAUCAGCAUCAUUCGUGCUUCAUGAAACCAAUUUAAUGAACUUAGCGGUUAAUUAUCAGCUGAUCAGGAAUGGGUAGUGUAUUGGCGGCUGGUCCGCGACCAGCUGCGGCUGUGAAUGUGCCAUCUCCCGACAUUGUGCCCCCACCACCGGCACCCGAACAACCUUCGACUUCGUCUCCUGCAACUUCGGAGCCGGUAUCAGCGCCUUUAGGGGGUGACAACGGCCCAGGGACAUUUGAAGAUUUACAUAAAAAGUGUAAAGAUCUGUUUCCCCAAAUCUUUGAAGGUGGGAAGCUCAUCAUCUCGAAGGGUCUGAGCAGCCAUUUCCAAAUAAGCCACACCCUCUCCCUCUCCACGUUCCAGCCCUCGGCUUACAGAUUUGGAUGCACAUAUGUCGGAACAAAGCAGCUAGGUCCUGCAGAGGCAUUUCCUGUGAUAAUCGGUGACGUAGAUGCAAGCGGCAACCUCAAUGCCAACGUAAUACAUGCACUUACAGAUCGAUUACGAGCCAAAGCUGUAGCUCAGAUACAAAAUAAUAAAUGUGUAGCCUCGCAACUAACUACCGACUACAAGGGCUCGGAUUUCACAUCAUCGCUGACGUUAGGGAAUAUUGAUCCACUAAAUGAAUCAGGGAUCUGUGUUGGUCAGUACCUACAGAGGGUGAGCUCAAGGUUGGACCUGGGUGCUGAGCUUCUCUACCAAUACGGCCAGCAGGUUCCUGGAAGGGAGAUCUCCAUAUUGUCACUGGCAGCCAGACUUACGGGUGACCAAUGGGCAUUAAGUGCAAACGUUAGUCCGUUAGCAGGGAAUCUCCACGCUUGCUACUACCAGAAAAUUAACGAAACGCUACAAGUAGGAGCGGAGUUAGAAACCAGUUUAAGGAUGCAAGAAAGUGUGGCAACUGUAGGAUAUCAAAUAGAAAUACCCACUGCUAAUGUUCUGUUCAGAGGUCAGUUUGACACUAACUGGUGUAUAGGAGCUGUUCUGGAGAAGAAACUCCUGCCUUUCCCCUUCACAUUUGCACUGAGCGGCUAUGCCAACCACGUGAAGUCACAGUUUAGGUUCGGCGUUGGCCUCAUCGUGGGUUGACGUUGUAGAUACUGUUUGGAUGACAACUAAUAAAUAUGAAGUGUGUUAGUCAUCAGCUGAAUGUGUGAUGUGUGAAGGACAGUACUGUAUUCAUGUGCAUUUACUCCUCAGGGUGGACUUAACUAGAACACAUAUUCAUGCUUGUUAGGAAAAUAGCAUUUUGUGUGACUCGAAGAUCACGGGAGAAGCAGCAAGGCAUUUGUUGAUGGUUCAGAUCAAUUGGAAUUGUUACAGAGUGCGUAAUUAAGGGGCUCCUUGGAUCCUUGAGGUUCACUUUUGUGGCACUUGAGUCUUCGGACCCCACGUCAUAAUCUAAUAGCAUUAGAAAUGAGACCAGGGGAGUGGAAAUUUCAAGAUUGUGAACUUGUCCAGGGAUACCGUAUUCGUCAUAAUAAGUGCCCAGGGUGCUCUCAAAAUUAGAAAUUGGGGGCUCUUA